UGCGUCAAUCCUCUCGUACUUUUUCGCUUUGGCGCGUGACCGGAAGUAGAAUGUGUUUCAUUCAAAGCGGCGCUGUAGACAGUGCGCGGCGUAGUUAUGUGACUGUAUGUAGUAAACGGAGAAGGUAAACUCAUAUUCACUGUACAUUGACUAUAUUUAUUUUAUGAUGGCGGCAGGAGGAGCAGCGCAUGUGGGAGAUGUGGAGGAGGACGCGUCUCAGCUCAUGUUUCCUAAAGAGUUUGAGAACGCAGAGACUCUGCUGAACUCGGAGGUUCACAUGUUACUGGAGCAUCGCAAGCAGCAGAACGAGAGCGCGGAGGACGAGCAGGAGCUGUCGGAGGUCUUCAUGAAGACCCUCAACUACACGGCCAGAUUCAGCCGCUUCAAGAACCGAGAGACCAUCGCCAGCGUGCGCAGCUUACUUCUGCAGAAGAAGCUUCAUAAGUUUGAGUUGGCAAGUUUAGCCAAUCUGUGUCCCGAGGCUGCAGAGGAGGCCAAAGCCCUCAUUCCCAGUUUGGAAGGCCGGUUUGAGGAUGAGGAGUUACAGCAAAUCCUGGACGACAUUCAGACGAAGCGCAGUUUCCAGUACUGAGUAAUGAAUAGUAAUGAAGAUUCACUUUGCUUUCUCUAAUCUUUAUGCCCUUCUUUUCUCUUUCCAUUUUGCAUCUUUAUACAUUGCCACAAUUGCUCCCUUCUGUAGAUGUGUAAUGUGUUGUUUUGAAAAAUAAAC